CCACACACACACUUCACACACGCAAACACUCGACGACUUGCAAGCCAGCAAGCGAGCAAGACAAGACUUGGAGCAUUCGGAGCAGCAACCAGUCGCAUCUCCCCUGUGUGACACGAGACAACAGCAAGCAACAACAACAACAGCAACAGCAACAGCAACAGCGGGGCCGCUCGUGGCAGCAGCAUGCUGUCCAAUGUGGCCUUCUGGGCCAUGAAGAAGUUCAUGGCCCCUUACUUCCAAAACCUCGACGAUGCAGCCCUCAAAAUCUCCGUGCUGGAAGGCAAGGUGACGCUGACCAACCUGCAUCUGAAGAAAGAGGUGUUGCAGAAGGAGCUCGGCCUUCCCAUCUCCAUCACUGCUGGUGUUGUCGGGCUGCUGCACUUGGAGGUGUCGUGGAAGAACCUCUUUUCCAAACCAAUUCGCGUCACGCUCGACGAAGUGACCCUCAUCGUCGAGCCCACAGAAGAGCAGAAGUACGAUGCAGAGAAGGAGAAACAAGCAAAGCUGAAGCAGCGCCGGGACCAGCUCGACGCCCUCGACAAGGACGAGGCUCCCAGCGCAGACGACGACCUGUUCUCCUCCAAGAUCGUCUUUGGCGUCGUCAACAACCUCCAGGUGACGGUGAAGCGCAUCCAUCUCCGCUACGAGGACUCUGGCGCCGUCACGCCCUGCUCGCCGUUUGCUGGUGGCGUGACAUUGGGUGAAAUCACCAUUUGUUCCGCAGAUUCGAACUGGCGCCCAACUGUGAAGGAGCUCUCGCACACCGUCGCUCGAAAGCUGCUUGAGUUGAAGAACUUGUCCAUCUACCUCGAUGGCAACACGGACACACAUGCCCUCAUCUCAACAUCCAAGCAGAGCAUUGCCGACAUCCGUGCAGUCAUGAACAAGGUGUUUCAGGACCAGAGCAAUCUUGACAAGCACCACCACAUCCUGCGCCCGCUCGCCUUCAACGGACAGCUCUGCAUCAACAAGAAGGUCGUGACGCCGGACGGGAAGCGGCCGCCGCAGUUUGAGCUUGACUUUGCCAUGCCCAGCAUCGGCCUUGACCUGCGCCGCGUGCAGUUCCUCAACAUCCUGUCCUCCGCCAGCCAUUUUUCUCUGGCGGAAAAGCGCAAGGAGCACAAGCGCCUGCGGCCCGCUGUUCCGGUUUCCGGACACGCCCUCGCGUGGUGGACGUUUGCUGCCAAGAGCAUCACGCGCCGGUGGCGCAGGCGGCGCGACAUGUGGUCGUGGGCCAAGAUGAAGCAGAGGAGGGAUCUGCGGCUGGAAUAUGUCGAGCUCUUCACGCGCGUGCUCAAGCGACAGGCCAGCUCUGCAGACGCAAAGCGGGCAAAGGCAAUUGAGGAAGACGAGCGCCUCUCCAUCAACGAUAUUCGCCUCUACCGCAAGAUUGCAAAGUCGCGGGUGCCGAAGCGGUCGCUUGGUGGCGGUCUGAUGAAGUCGGUCAAGUCAUGGUUCUGGUCGUCGUCAUCAUCCUCCGCUCAGACAUCGGAGGACAUUGAGCGGGAGCUCAGCGAGUCACGCAAAGAGCUCGUGCAGAUGCUGGCAAAGGAAGAAGACUACGAAACGCCAAAGGACGCGGACUAUGUGGGUGCGAUUGUGAACGCUGCGCUCAAAAGCCUCGUUCUUCGUCUCUUGCGGGACUCUGCAGACGCAAAGUCGCUGGACACGAGCAAAGGCGACUGCCUGCUGCAGUUUGAGUGCGAUGACCUGACGGCAAAUGCCCUCCAGCGCCCCGUUGGCGACGGACUGUGCGUCAAGGCGAGUCUCUCGCGCACGUUUGCGCAGGUGCACUGCCCGGUCACCAACCGCAUGGUGGACUUGCUCAAGGCGUUGAUGGGUGAUGCUGGCGGCGACGACGACGACGGACAGCUCGCCACUUCCCUGCAGUUUGAUGUCAACCCAAUCCCGAUGGCAAACGAGCCGCACAUUGACAUGGCGCUGAAGCUGGUGAUGCAGGGGCACAUGAUCCAGCUCCAGCCGCGGCCCAUCAAGAGCAUUGUGGAGUUUUUCCAGGUGCCGCCGACGAUCAACACGGCGGACAUUGUUGACGCCACCAGCGCAUCGCUUGUGCACGCGCAGCAGCAGAUGCGGGCUGGUCUCGAGCACGCCAUCAACACCCGCAAGAACAUGAAACUUGACGUGAACAUUCGCGCGCCAGUCGUCAGUGUCUCCGUGCCCACAGACGUCGAGCAUGCACCAAAGCUGCUAGUUGCUGAUCUCGGUACAGUGGCCGUGCACAGCUCCCUGCAAGAGCCAACAGACACCACCACGCUCUCGCUCAAGGAUCUGCAAGUACUCAUGUACGACCGGUACAACAUCGAUCUUCAGCAAAUCAAGGUUCUUCUCGUGGACAACAUGGAUCAGUGGCGCGAGCUGCAGACGAAGAAAACGAGCACAAGGCACAUUGUCGACGAAACCAAGAUCCACGCCGUCGUGGGCAAGUGUUUGCGUGAGAACGACGUGCAGCUGCCCUUCAUCACCGUCAACGCCCGCAUCGAUGACAUCCGUGUCGGAGUGUCGGACCAGCAAGUUCUCUCGCUCCUCUCCCUCGCUAGCACCUUCAUCGGUGACUUGGACCUCCAAGCUCUUACGGAGCAAGCUGCGGUCUGGACGGAGGCGAGCACGUUUGAUGCCGACGCGUACCGGUACACGCAGUCGGUCGAGGAUGACUUUGAGCGCUUCCUUGCAAGCACAGACAGCAAUAACAACAACGGCGGCAGCGCCACGCAGGCAAGCAAGAAGAAGAAGAAGGACAGCGGGAAAGGCGAAGCGGCCCAAAGCUCCGCUGCAUCCACCCCCGUGUCCCGCAAGCCAACCCUCAAGCGUACACCAUCUGGCAUCAGCAGCAAGUCUGACAACCACGACGAUGAUGAGGAUGAGUUCCAGGAUGCAUCGAGCGAACUCCGUCCCGCAGCGACGCCGAAGCCGCCACCGUCAGAUAUUGCCAUUCGCCUGCUGCAGGCCGACUUGAAGAUUGCUCGGAUGGAGGUACAGCUGUACGAGGCACUGGCAGACGGCCGGCGAAAGAAGAACCUGUGCUUCACAGCGUACGACCUGAGCGCAUACGUGAACCAACGCACGCUCGACAUGGUGGUGGAGGCCACGCUUGCCGGUAUCGAUGUGGGCGUGUUCUCUGGGCCAGACCCAAGACGCAUGGAGGAGAUGUGUUUGCUGUACACGCGCGACGAUGCCAUCACAACACCAGAUGUGCUGUCAUCGUCCGAAGCGCGGCGCAUGGCGUCCUGCCAGUCCACCAACAAAAACUUUGUGUCGCUCAGCGCCACCAUUGUUGAUCCAAAACACCCAGACCUUCAAACCUCGUUCAGCAACACGCUUGUGACAGUUCAGGGCGAUAUUUCGCGCCUCGCCAUCAGUCUGGAGCAGCACGCGGCCGUCGCCCUCGUCAAGACGACGUUGCCGCUCGUGCAAGGCGUGGUGACGAAGAUUGCAGAUAUGACUGCACCCGCAGCACAAGCCGAACUGGCGUGGGACGACGGCAAAGGGAGCACCACGCAGCUCAGCGCUGCGCAGGCAACUGGGGCCGCCGCUGCUGCUGGCAGUGACACCACAGCAUCGCCCACCACCAUCACCCAACAGCAACCGCAAGCCGGAGGCGAUGAUGAUGACGACGACGACCGCGUCAGGCCAACAGAUAUGGCCAUCGCGUUCCACAGCACGGGCCUGGACAUUGGCAUUGCCACUGGCCGUACAUACCUAGCUGUCCUCUCAGUGGACAACUUGUCCGCAAACGUCGUGCAAUGCGGCACGCAGACCACAAUUCAGGCGCAGCUUGGCCAGCCACGCUUGCGAAACCACAGCGUGGUGAAUGAUGAAGGCUACCUGUACAGGGACGUCAUUGACGUCAUUGCAUCCGACACUCUCAUCGACACACAGCUGUUGCUGGAAGCAGACCCGAAGCAGGGCCAGGUUCCCCUUAGCAUCUCCCUGCGAGCAGCGCCGCUGCGUAUCUUUGUGCUGCCGGACUUCAUUGCGGGCGUACUGGAGUUCAUUGCUCCUGUCCUCACGACCCUCGAGGACAUAUCCGCAAACGCAGACGACGCAGCUGACCGCAGCGGCAGCAGCACCACCGCCACAAGCAGCGCGGCAGGCGACGUGGAAGACGAUACAGAAGCAGACGGGCGCAUGCACGUGGACAUUCUUGUGUCGUCGCCGACCGUGGUUGUGCCCCUGUCGCCAUACGACACCACUGCCGUUGUCAUUGAUCUGGGCAGCAUCACCGUCACCAACAACGUCACCGCCUGUGUGCAGAAUGCGAAAUUUUCCAAGGACCCGGAGCUGCUUGGCCGUGACGUCAAGAGCGCGCUGCUGUACAACCACAUGCUGGUGAAGAUCUCGGGCCUCAACCUGGCGCGUGCGGUUGUGGACGCGCGGAACAAGACAAAGGCGUUUGCAGCACAAGUGCGCCCGCUCGCAGUGCUGGACGACACGACGGUGGAGGUGAUGCUGCAGGCUGGGGAGCGGGAAAUGUACGAGGAAGCCCAGGCGCUGGCCACAUUCACCGACAACGACAUCAUCAGCGAGACGGUGCUGGUGAAGGAGGUGGAGCCGUUCACCUUUGAGCUCAACCAGGAGGCAGCAGCCGUCAUGGCCAGCGCGGCCGUGGGCGCAACGCAGGUCUCCGUCGGACAGACAGACUACCUCACGCUCAUCACGCUGGCGGAGAAUAUCAUGGCGUCACCCCUCAUGCAACCGUCCAGCACGGCCGCCGCUGCUGGCGAUGGUGGCGGCGACGAUGAUGGUGGCGAGCUGACGGGCGGGAGUGGCGAUGGCAAUGGCGGUGAUGACGUGGGUGCUGGGACUGCAGCUGAUAGCGUGACGGUACCGGAAGUCGAUGUGGAGCGGCUUGAUGCGCCUCACGCCGCAGCCAUGUUCAUGGCCGUGCACUUGCAAGAGAUCAGCGCGUCGCUGUACCUUGAUGACGGCGUGAGUGUGGACAACUGCCGCGACAAGAAAUACCAGCUGACCCACUUGGCAGUGCAGGACCUGCGUGCACGCGUGACCAUGAACGCAACGGGAACGAACGAGCUUGCUGCGUCCGUCACCAUUGCUGCUCUCUCAGCCCGCGACACGCUGCCGCGCAAAGGCAGGGCUGACGACGACGGUUACACGUUUCUCACAACGCCGCCAGGGAUGUCACGCGCGCUGCUGGAGGGCUCGCUGUUCUUCCGGCGCCAGACCAUUCGCGUUGUUGGUGACGAGACACUGGACGUGGACAGGCUGCGGGCGCCGCUGCAGGAGACGGGCAAGAUUCGCUCGCUGUUUGUGCAGCAGAACGCGCCCGAAGGGGUGCGCGUGGUGAUUGGCUGGAUGCACAAUUACCGCGAGGCCGCAGCCGCCAUCAAGCGCGUGCGCUCGCUCAAACUCCCGGGCGUGAAGAAGGUGGACUUGGGACCAUCGCUCGACUCCGAUGCACAGGGCGUCUUCCGCGGCUUUGUGCUGUACGUAUCGCCAGAGCUGUGUCAGAGCCUGCUUCGCUUCUUCAUCAUCUCAAGCAGCAGCACCAGCACCAGCACCACCAGUGGCCGCGGGCCUGCGUCAGCCUCACAGCAGUUGCGCGAUCAACAGCAGCAACAGCAGCAAUUGGAGCUUGAGCCAUCCUCAGCAGCAGUCACCACGUCCAGCACUGCAACAUCCUCCCCCGCUGCUGCCGCUGCGCCUGUGGCGAGCGCCGACCCCACACGCAACCCGGCGUAUGUCAAGGACGUGCUGCAGGAAGGCGCGGAGCCGCGCCCUCUGCCACAGCCCGUGGAGUGCUUCCGUGUCGAUGCAACUAUUGAACAUCCAACUGUGGUGGUGCUGGAGAGCAUUGCUCGUCGGGCACGCCAGUUCAACCUUGACUUUGUGCUGCAGGCACACGCCAUGUUCACGGAGGAGGUCGUGUUUGUGGAUGCGCAAGUGAGCGAUUUCCUGAUUGUGUCGCGGGAAGGAAAUGACCAGAGCACGCGGCUGGACUGCGUGGCGCCCUGCUGUGUGAGCUCCGUCUUCCGACAGCAGGGCGGCAAGACAGCCAUCUCGCUCGACGUCGACCCCAUCAACAUCAACCUCGCGUAUGCGGACGUGCGCAGUGCGACGCGGUUUGCGACGUCGCUGGUGGAGGAGUACGAGCGCCUUACCAGCACCACGAAUUCGGGCAAGUGGACCCAGCUUCCGUUCCGCCUCUCCCCGCAGUGCCACGUGCCGCCAAAGGAGGCGGCGUCCCUUGACGUGAGCGUGGCGACGGCCGGGCGUGUCACGGAAGAGGUGCUGACGGCAAACGUGCCGUGCGUGAACCUUCUCCUCAUCAACACCAAGGGCGGCCUGCGCGCGCCGCUGCUGUGUGUGUCGACGUCGCUCAGUGGAACCGUGACCAACUGGUCACGCGCCAUUGUGGCGGAUGCGCACGUGCAAAUUGCAAUUGCUGCUGUGGAUCCACACCAUUCGUCCUGGGAGCCCAUCCUUCUUCGUGAAACGCGUGACGACGAAGUCAUUGGAGGCUACACCCUCUCCCUCAAGGUUGAGCGAGGCGACUCUGGUAAGAUUGAUCUCUCGGACGUGAGCAUUGAGAAGCAAAGUGCUUCUCGUUCGACCAAGCGCAGCCACGGCCCAACGGGCGGAGAUGCAAGGAACCUGCUGACACCAACAGUGGACACGUUCUGGCGCUGUGCACCGCGCAAGAAGCACGUGGUUGUCUUUGACAUGGGCCGCUGCAUCAAGCUUGAGCGCUUCCUGUACCAGCCCGUGCGGCAGCCGCACCUGCAGCCAAAGGACUCUCGCCUGUUUGCGUCUGACAGCAGGAACGGCCCCUGGGUUGAGGCGUGUCGCCUCUCUGCCGCCCAGCAGACACACACGGUUGCGCCUGUGCAGACACCAAAGUUCAACGCAUCCGGCCGCUACUGGCGCUGGGAGAUUCUCUCCCGCUACGGCAAAGAAGGUGCUGGUGUGUCGUAUGUUGGCUUCCAGGGAGCAGAGGGCGGGUUGAACAUCAACCUGCAGACCGAGGACCGCUUGGAUUUGACUGUCACAUCCACGGGCGUGCAGCACGUCACCGACAUCCUCACAAAGUGGAUGCGCAUCACCAGCGUCACGGGCAAGAGCACAAAGGGCGCCCAUGGCGGGCGCGUCGGCACGCACAAGCUGAUCAACCUGACAGACCGCACGCUUGCCUUCACCCCAUCUGGGCGCUUCAGCGCAGACGUGGCGCGCAAGCACGUGGUGCCGCCGGGCGAGCUGAUGGUGUUCACGCCAGAGCGCGAGGUGCUGUCGGACAUGCACGGGCAGUCCAGGGGCACAGGCGCGUCCACAGGCUCUGCCCGCCAGCAGUUUAUGGGGUACAUGGCCAAGGGCCAGCAGCAGCACACCUCCGCCAUCACCGACAUUGUCAUCAUCGACGCAAACAAGGGCGAGCGCCCACCGCCUGGCUACCGCAUGAUUGAGAAGAACCUCAACGAGGGAGGCAGCGGGCACAAGCUGUACCUGUGCUACGGUUCCAACCAGGACCAGCAGCCCAUCACCGAUGUGCAGGUGUCGUUCAUUGGCACAAAGGGGUGCAUCACGCCCAAGAUUGGCGUGCACGAGCCCAUCCCUGCCGGCUACGACAUGAUCCCCACCAACCUCAACACGGGCGCGUCGGGUGCGCGGGACGUGUUCAUGAGCGUGUUCCGCGGCAACGGCGCCCCCAUCAUCGACAUGACGGUCAUCUAUCACAACGGCACCAAGCACGAGUCCAUCCCCUCUGGCUUCUACGUGAUUCGCAAGAACCUGAGCGCGGGCCAGAAGAAGAAGGAAAACCCCAUGCUGUGCAUCAAGCGGGCGCCGUGUCGCUGGACUGCUGUCGAGCCCAAGACGGUCACUGGCGAGAAGCCAAUCACCAACCUCUUCGUGUCCAUCAUUCGCAAGGGCGCACGCCUCGCGCCGCAGGGGCCGCCAGAUGAUGACGCCAGCAACCCUGUGUACUGGGAUGCCAUGUAUGACGGCAAGCCAUUCAACCUCAACGAGAAAUCCGGUGGUGACAACAUCUUCCUCCUGCGCACCACCGACACGCGCUUCGAACCCAUCACCGCCCUCAAGAUUGGGUACACGCGCGAGCCUGAAGAUGAAGGGUGGGAGACGACCGGAGUGAACCUGAACUUGGGCAACAAGGGUGCCGCACUGUAUCUGCACUUCCGACGAGAGCCAGGCGCGCCACCCGUGGUGGAGAUUCGCUUCUUCUACACCAACAACGCCCCCAACGGCUUCAUCGUGCUCUUCCCAGACCUGAACAAGAACCUGUCCAUGACGCGCGCGUGUUACAUGUGUUACCGGGUUGCGGACGUGAACCCAGCAGCCAUUGAGAUUCUCACGCCACAAACACCGCGCGGCAGCAGCCAGCACAUCAACACUGCACCAGCAGCAUCGACCCCCGAUGCUGGUGCUCGUGGUGGCACCGUGUCAUCAUCUCGUGCUCGUGACAGGAAUGCCGAUGAUGAUGAUGGUGGUGGUGAUGAUGAUGAUGAUGAUGAUGAUGAUGCUGGCGAGGAAGACAGCAGCAAUGGCCGUGGGCAAGGUGCUGAUGAUGACAAUGAGGACGAGCAAAGCAGCAGCCGCGAUGGAGGCCCCACGCACAAGCGCAUCUCCAAAGCAGGGAAGCAGAAGGCGCGAGAGCUGUAUGCACUGGAGCUGCUGCGGCUGUCCGGUGACGGCGAGCAUGCCAUUGGCCUGGAAGUCGACGGGUUCCAGCCUCUGCAAGGCCUGGCCAUCUCGGAGGUUGGCGAGACCACGUGCGAGCUGACAACGUCGAGCGGGUCCGGACGGUGCGUCCGCUUGGUCGUACACGUGCGCGUGCAGGAUGGCGUGCGCGAGGUGAUUAUGCGCUCCCCGCUGCACUUGGAGAACGGGCUCAAGCACCCUGUGGACGUGUGCGUGCCGGGAUUUUCGCACACGGAGGAGCUGUCCAUUUCGCUCGUGCCGGAGCAACAGUACUCGCCACCGCUUGGUUUACUGGACACCGUGUCCACCGACGACAUGCUUGUGCCGCUGCUUCGCUUCUUCGAUCCAGCCGCAAACAAGCACAUGUACACGACCGACCCCUUGCAGGCCAUCUCGUGCAACUUGCAUGCGCAGCAAGUCUGCACGCUUGGGUUUGUGUACCGCCACCAGCUUGAGAACACGGUGCCGCUCUGGCUCACCCGCCUCUCCCCGACAGAACACGAAUACGACGGCUUUGUCAACCAACCAGGGCUGGUGCUGCCUGGUCAGAAGCCGCUGAAGGAGGAGAUGAGCACAACAGAGCUCCAAACCAAAGGGCUGCGGCUGGCUGGAUACGUGUACCCGCCGCAAACAUCUCCAGCAGCAACAACAGCAACAGAGCGCGUGGAGUUGCGCCCGCUGCAUCGCCUGUACAAUCCAAAGUUCAAGGACAUUCUGCUCACCAACAGCACGGAGGAGGCUGCGGCGGCCCUCAAGUCGAAGAAGGUUGCCUACAAGGUGCCUGGUGUGAAGGAGGCGGACGACAAGCUUGCCGCGCCCAUGUGUCUGCUGGUGAAGGACCCUGGCCAGGUCCGCGUGCGCCUCAAGGAGGGCCACCCGUGGAGUGAGAUGGUGGAGGACUGUCGCCUGUCGCGUGACCCGGCAAAGCGCGAUCUCGUCUGCAAGGACGAGCAGCGCCCCUUUGUCUGCUCCCUUUGCCCAACCGGCCGCGAGAUGCAGUCCUCCUUCCGGAUUGUUGAGCCGCUGUCCUUCAAGAACAGCCUGCCUGUGUGCGUGGUGUUUGGCCUCUGCGCCAACGAAGAAGCGCUGCCGUAUUCAUACGUGGCAGUUCCGCCCGGUGGCAAGUGUGGGUUCACGUCGCUCGUGCACAAGCGGGCGCUGACGGUGCGAAUGGCGAUUGUCAACAGCAUGGACAACCUGCCGACACACGAGACCCUCGUGCGCGACACGCCGCCCAAGUUCACCGAGGGGUACUGGAGCAAGCCGUGCAUGAUUGACCUUGACCGCCCAAAGAAGAAGCCGUACACCACCACGUGGGUGCCGCCAGAGGAGUUGAGCCAGGCGCUGACCAUGCUGAAGCUCUUCCUCACGCUGCGCCGCGAACCGGCCGAGUACGGCCCAGAAACAGCCAUCCUGUAUUGCCCCUUCCAGAUUGUCAACAACACGGAUUUGCAGCUGAGCGUUCGCCCGCGCACGACAUCUGGGGAGCCGUACAUCCCGCGCCGCCCACAGCCAAAGAGCGAUUACGACAAGCGCAAGCUGUCCAGCGGGGAAGGGGACACGCACACCGUGUGGCUGUACUCGCCCCUCACGCGGCUGGACGAGACGGUGGUGUCGUUUGACGGCUUCCGCUCGCGCCCCUUUGACGUGACCAAGCUGGUGGCCGGCAACACGCUCAUCAAGUGUCUGUACGUCGACGACAAGGGUGAGGUGCAGGAGCGCGGGCGCGCCCCCAAGAUUCUCAUGAUCCACUGGGAGUUUGCCGAUGAGGACCUGCUCUCCAGGCGCCUCUUUGUGGACCCGAUUCUCACGUUUAAGAACGACACGAGCGAGCCUGUCCACCUCACGCGUGUGAAGCAGGCGACCGAUGACCCCGUUGACCAGCGCACGCGCACCAUCCCGCCCGGCCUCACCUGGCACGACGCCGACGUUCCGAACAAAACCCUCUGGAAACUCGCGCUCAGCAGCGUUACAGGCUGGAGUGGCGCCUUUGCGCCCACGGAACUCGGUGUUGAUGUGCGCGUCGUGCACACCCUCAAAAUCCACAAUGACGAAGACGAGUUGACGGCUGUUGAGGCAGACUGUUUCAAGAAGGCGGGUCGGUUUGUUGUCACGUUCCGCCCCGUCUCCUCAACCCCGCCCAUGCGCAUCGAGAACCACACCAACCGCAAGAUUGCAUUCAAGCAGUCCGAAGUCACCUGGGCUCCAGAGUACCUGCUCAACCCGUCGUUCGGUAUGAACUACGCGCUUGAGGAUCCAAACCCCGCCGCCAAACGCGAACUGCAACUCAAGGUGUACACGACGUCGAAUACAGAGGAGUGCGACUGGGUCUCUGUUCCCUUUGCGCCGGAGGGCGUGAUGAAACUUCGCAACAAGAAGAAGAAAGGAACAAAGGAGUCACCCGAUGAUGACGUGCUUGCUGUUGUCAAUGUCAUUCCAGACAAGACAACCGGCGUGCUUCACUACGUUAUUGCCAAUGACGUGAAGCAUCUGCGUUCGCUGUAUGGCCUCUCUGCGGAUGCGGAGAGCGAGGAAUUGCUGCUGAACGUGAAUGUGCUGUUGGAGGGUGGCCUGUCCGUCUCCCUGAUUGACAGCACCAAGCAGCGGCCCUCCGAGUUUGCGCUCUUUACGCUCGACAACAUCAGCGCGUCGUUCACGCAGACGACACAGCGUUUGAAACUGGCGGCAGCUGUGCAGAAGCUGCAGCUUGAUUUCCAGCAGCACGACGCCCUCUACCCCGUCGUCAUGUACAGCCGCACACAGCUGGAGCAGAAGGAGGAGGAAAACCGCAUGCACGUAUUUGAGCUCUCCUUUGUGCAGAAACUCGGCGAUGUGAGCGGACGCGCCGCCGACAGCAUCGAGUACUUUGGCGCCAAACUCCUGCCGCUUGAACUCAAGGUUGACGGCGAGUUCCUGGCGCAGCUGCUACGCUUCCUCUCUGUGCUUGAACUGCUGCCUGAGGGUGAGCUGACGGACGACCCACCGCCCGCCAGCCCCGUGCCGCUGUUCUGCAAACACAUCUUCAUCAGCCCCGUCGAUGUGCGUGUGACACUGACCAAUGCGGACGCGGCAACGCAGGACCUGCCAGCCGUCUUCCAGACCAUUGGCAUCACCAUCCCCGCUGUGAACAGUGCCCCGUUCAACCUUAAUUCGUUCGAGUUGAAGGACACGCUCAUCUCGCUGACUGCGCUGCUGAUUCGUCUUGGUGAAUCAUAUGAACACAACGUCUUCCGCUGGCUCGUCUCCAUCGGUCUCGUGUCCACCAUUCUCUCGCUGGACAUGCUGGGUGAUCCCCUCCAGGUUGUGCGCGAUGUUGCUGGCGGCUUCAAGAGUCUCUUCUUCAAUCCCGUCUCCAGCGUCCUCGCAGGGCCCGAGGAGUUUGGCGCUGCUGUGACGAAAGGCGUCAAGGACCUGGGCACGGGUGUUGUUGGCGGCGGUGUCGGCAUGGGCGCGAAGAUGGUGGGUGCAACCGGGCGUGGCCUGGCAAAGGUCACCUUUGACAAGAAGUUCCAGGAGGAGCGAGAGCGUACGCUUCGUGCACAGCCCACGGGCGCGCGCCGUGGCUUCCUCUCCGGCGCGCGCAUGUUUGCACGCGGCCUCAGGUCCGGCGUGUCUGGUGUCGUCACCACGCCCGUCCGCGAAGGCAAGGAGGGCGGUGUUGGCAAAGGGCUUCUCGGCUUUGGCAAGGGCAUGCUGGGUCUCUUUGUGAAGCCAGCCAGCGGUGCUGUGGAUCUCGUGUCGUGCACGCUUCGUGGCAUUGAGACGUCCAUCUCAGGCCAGCAAGGCGUUGAGCGCGCGCGUCUUCCGCGCCACAUCCACGCAAAGGGCACCGUGGUGCCUUAUUCGCCCCUCAAAUCACAAGGCGUCGGCUUUAUCCAGCGCACGCCCGUGCUGCGCGACAACUACGGCGACAUCCCGUACGUUGCGCACGUGUCGGAGAUUCUCAAGCAGGACACGAAGCGCGGGGAGCACCACCUCUGCGUCAUCCUCGCCCUCUCCACGCGCAUCCUCGUGUUGGAUGUUGUUGCUGGAAAGAAGAUUACUGUGCAGAAGGAAUUUGAUGCCACCAAACUGCGCGGUUUCCAGGAGAAGCCAGAGCGAAACGGGAUGGAGUUGACAUUCAGCGACAGCAGCGCCGGCAUUCUGCCAGUCCGCGACGACGACACAUAUCCUGUUCUUGGCGCCAUCUUGAAGACGCUCUACAACCUCAACGUCCGCCACGCGUUCCAGGUUGACUCCCUGGACACGGUGUUCAGGCCCGAGUCAGAUCACACGGAGCUUGUUCAGGUGCAUGAGUACGAGCGCAACUGCGACGGCACUUGGGCGAAACGAUUCAUCCCAUCCGAUCCAAUUUCAGCGUAUGUUGUGAGCGGCACGUAUGAGCAGUUUGUGUCGCUGAAGGAGAUCAAGCCACACCCGGGGUGGGAGUGGAUCGGCAACUGGAUGCUCGCAGACUCGGCAAGGGAUGGGGACGAGGCGUGGGAAUACGCCCGCAACCUGUCGUCGCGCUUUGAGAAGGAUAUGCGCAACGCCAGCAUCCGUCGCAGGAAAUGGGUUCGCGAGCAGCAAGAAGUCGCCCACUUGCACGAUGCGUCCACGGCCUGAGGUGCAGCAGUGGCAACGUGAUUUACCCCCUCCCCCUUUCGUUUGUUUGCUCGCUUGCUUCUGUUCGUGCUUUGUCUUUGCGUCUGCCGUGCCGUAUUGCAUCCUCCUCCUUGUUGGUAUUGGUGUGUGCUCCGUCGUGUGCUGUUACAUUACCGCUCGCGUUCGUCUUUCACAAUUUCCCGGCGAUGGCUUCAUUUUCGUUUGCACAGCAGCUGUUAUUGUUCACCUCUGUGUUGAUUCAAAGCGUUGCAUGUGUUGUAGUUUCCCUUGCUGGCUCGUUUGCCGUUCUUGUGCUGGCAACGCUCGUUCACGCCCUUCAUAAAAGACAAUCGCUUCAUA